AUGCACUUCUCUUCGUCCUUCCUCCUCGUCGCCCUGACCGGCGCGCGCGCAGCGUUCCUCGGCUCCCAGACUGCCUUCCCGCCUGCCGUUGAACAAUACGAUGAAGGCCUGUUCACCCCCAUGAACAGCCUCAGCUCCCUCUCGUCCGACGGAUUCACCACCCUGAGUUCGCACCCGGCGUUUCCCGCUGUCAGCGUGCGCAUCAAGAAGAGCACGUUUUGCGACGGGUCUGCCGCGGCGUACACGGGUUAUAUCGACGUCGAGGCCCGGCAUCUUUUCUUUUACUUCUUCGAGAGUCGGAGCGAUCCUGACACCGACGAUGUGAUAUUUUGGACGAACGGCGGUCCGGGGUGUAGCUCGAGCCUCGGGCUGUUCAUGGAACUCGGACCAUGUCGCAUCUUGGACGAGAACGGACCCAAAUACCACCCGGACAGCUGGAACACCAACGCGAACAUCUUCUUCAUCGACCAGCCUGUCGGCGUGGGCUACUCAUACGCGGAAUACGGCGAGUCUGUGAGCACCACGGAGGAAGCCGCGAAGGACAUCGCUGCCUUCGUGUUCGUCUUUUUCGAACAUUUCAGCCAGUUCAAGGGCCGUGGCUUCCACAUGGCCGGUGAAUCGUACGCUGGCCGAUAUAUCCCGGUGUUUGCUGCGGAGGUGUACGAUCAGAACGCCAAGCUCAUCGAGGCCGGACUCACGCCCAUCAAUUUGAAAUCGGUCAUGAUCGGAAAUGGUCUCACGGAUAUGUAUCAUCAGAUAAGCUCAUCGUUUGAGAUGCAGUGCACCUCUGCCUCGGUUCCUCCGGUCUCGUCAAUUGGUGAUUGUGUGCGAAUGAAGCAGAUGAUCCCCCGUUGUGAGGAACGGCUGAGGAAGUCGUGUGUGGACCGGUUUGACCCGAUCGACUGUGAAUCUGCGGCGGAAUUUUGCAACGACCACAUCGGAUCGUCAUUCUGGAAUUUGAGUGCGAUUUAUCCCGUCCGUAAAAUGUUCACAGUCUCAUUUGGGGCAGAUCUCAACCCAUACGACAUCUCCAUGUCUUGCUCACCUGAAGAGAUGUCCGAGAGCCUGUGCUACGCAGUCACCAAACACAUCAGCAACUUCUUGUCCGCACCAUCGACCCGUGACGCGCUGGGAGUCUCUCCGCUAGUUCCGAUGAAUUUUUCGUCCUGCUCUAACACUGUGAACAUGGCUUUCACCACGCAGCUCGACAUGCUCCAUCCGACGCAGCACUACAUCGCGGGCCUGCUCGAGCGGGGCGUGCGCGUGCUGAUCUACGUCGGGACGUACGACUGGAUCUGCAACUGGGUCGGCAACGAGCGCUGGACGAACGCCAUGGAGUGGAGUGGGCAGGACGAGUUCGCCGCACAGGCUCUGCGUCCGUGGGCGGUCAAAGGCACGAAUGCGACGGCCGGGAUGGUGCGCAAUGCCAAGGGCCUGACGUUUUUGACCGUCGACGCUGCAGGACAUAUGGUGCCGUAUGACAAACCCAAGGAGUCAUUGGACAUGUUGCAGAGAUGGCUGGCGGAGGAAAAAUUCUAGAGUGUUUGUAGCUAGUAAUCUUCCCUUUUCAACUUGCCCAAGGCAUCAACAGUUUUUUUGUGACCUUCCAUCAUCUCUCACUAGCAACGAUGUUUGUUCUCUGCCCAAUGCCAUGAAGUAUAUCGG